CCCUCCCUCCUUCGAUCGCCCUCCUUUGCCCCAUGGCCGACAAAUCCAGGAGCGUCGCCGGCGGCGGCGGCGGCGGCAGGCGGCAGCCCAGCCGGCUCCAGCGGCGCGCCCCGGCGUCCCUCCAGAUCGCCAGCCCGGCCUCGCGGCAGUGGAACGUCGCGAUCCCCUCCUCUCGCCCCUCGCCUCGUCCCCGACCUCGCCGCGGCUCGCCGCCGGCCGGUCGUCGCCGUCGCCGUCGUCGGCGCCGCCCCGCCGGCGGCCGGGGCGGGGGCGCCAAGCCGCGCGGCGGCGAGGAGCCGGCGGCGGCGGCGGCGGUGUUCAAGAAGUGGCAGCACCCGGCGGCCCCGUUCUGCUACGAGCCGGCUCAGCGCAAGGCGUCGUUCAUCCCGGUGUGACUCCGGAUUUUUUUCUUUUUUUUGGUGUAUAGAAAGAGGAAUUUUUCUUAGGGUGGGGUCGGGUCGGGUCGUGUGUGGUUAGAUCUGACGGUGCUCGUGCGCUUUCCUGAAACGCGCGAGCGACUAACUACAAAAGAAGUGUAAUUAAUUAUAUGUAUAAUUAUAAUUAUACGCAGCCUUUCUA